AUGCGUUCUGUCUACAUUUCAGAACAUACUACGCCGGACCAAUAUCAGCUGGGCGAUGUCCCCUCGCUGGUCGUGGAGAACCCUACCGACAUCUUGAUCAAGGUUCAUGCCGCGAGUAUCAACCCGAUUGACGUUAAGAAAGCUUCCGGAGCAACUAAAAUAGUUCUCAAAGAUAGCUUUCCGUACAAGAUCGGCUACGAUUGCGCUGGCACUGUUGUCAAUACUGGAUCCCAAGUGGCACGAUUCAAGGCCGGAGAUGAGGUCUUUGUGCGAUUACCGGAAUGCCACCGCGGGUCAUGGAGUGAGCUUGCCCGAUCGACUGAAGACUUUGUCGCAUUGAAGCCGCAGAGUCUGUCCAUGGAAGACGCCGCUUCAAUUCCGUUGGCGGCCAUGACAUCCCUCCAGGCACUGCGAGGCUACGAAGGCGGCCUCGCAGGUAAAACCGUUUUCAUACCUGCUGGUCUUGGCGGCACCGGUAUUUUCGCAUGCCAGCUCGCGAAGAACAUCUUCAAAGCCGGCAAGGUGAUCACCACGGUUUCCACCCAGAAGGUUCCCAUGGUGAAAGAGCUCCUAGGAGAGGGAGUUGUGGACGAGAUCAUCGACUACAAAAAGUCUGAUCCCAAUGAAGUCAUUCCCAAAGGAUCUGUCGAUUUUAUCUUCGACACCCAGGGAAGCGCAAUGGAGUAUCUGUCACUGGUCCGACCGAAAGGAGCCAUCAUUACAGUGUCUAUAUUAACCUCUGGAGACGUGCUCCAGAACUCGAGCGUUAUGCGCCGGUCGCCCGAUAAGAAAGACAAAGCAACAGUGCCGUUCCCUAUUCGGAUUGGAUUGAACGUCAUGGAUCGGAUCCGGGUAGCUCGUGCAUCCCGUUACGGGGUCAAAUACGCAUCUAUCUUUUUAGAACCGAAUGCGAUCGAUCUGGACUCAAUUCGGGGAUGGGUGGAGGCCGGAAAGUUGAAAACGAUUGUCGGAACCAAGGCAAGUUUUAAUGAUAUCAACGCUGUUCGGAAUGCUUGUCAAGUGGUAUACGAUGGGAAAGGUGGCGUUGGAAAGUCUGUGAUUGUGUUUGAUUGA